CAUUCUAUAUAAUGACCAGUUCCGUAUGUGCUGCAUCCCACUAUAUCUCUUCUUCUUACUCAUAUACUGACCACCGCAUCUUCCCGACAGCUUACCCAAUAUUCCUCACAACCUGGCACCUCGUCUUCUCGGCCACCGCAACCCAGACUCUUGCUCGCGCGACCAACUUCUACAACGACCGCCCGCUCGAGAUCUCCCGCGACGUGUACUGGAAACGCAUCGUGCCAGUCUCGAUCUUCUACUCUCUUUCCCUCGUCCUCAGCAACCAAGCCUACGUCUACCUCAACAUCUCCUUCAUCCAGAUGCUCAAAGCCACCGCCCCCGUCGCCGUCUUCAUCGUCUCCUACGCGCUCGGCGUCGAGUCCUUCCGCGUUGACGUCCUCGUCAAUAUCUGGAUCAUCGUCUUUGGCGUCUUUGUCGCCUCCUUUGGCGAAAUUAAUUUCUCGACCCGCGGUGUCGUCCUGCAGAUGCUCGCCAUCUUCUUCGAGGCCCUGCGUCUCGUGCUCAUGAACAAACUCCUGCACUCGCCGACCGCAAAGACAGAGCAGGAAAAGACGGUUUACAACCCCAAGCAGGGAAAAGGACAGUCAAUGGACCCGCUUGUCUGUCUCUACUACUUUGCUCCGGUCUGCGCCAUCACAAACUCGGUUUUGUUUGUGUUGUCGGAAGAGCGCACAAAGUUGACCACGGCUGCUCUUCGAGAACUAGGACUUCCUAUCCUUUUCGUCAACGCGCUAGCUGCCUUUCUCCUGAACGUCUCCGUGGUCUUCCUCGUCGGGCGAACUUCAUCCCUAGUCCUCAGUCUGUGCGGCAUCUUAAAAGACAUUGGCCUCGUCCUCGUCUCGUCCCUGAUCUGGCGAACCACAAUAUCAAAGCUGCAAGUAGUCGGCUACAUCAUCGCUUUAAUCGGCAUGUUUGGCUACAAGUUCGGCUACUCGCCUUUACUCCUUCUCGCGCAGUCGACCGACAGCCAAGGCUAUAAAGCGUACUACUCGCGCCUCUCUCUUCGCCGGCGAAGAAACAUCGGCACCGCCUGUCUGCUUUUAUCAGCCGUCGCCGUGUGUUUGUUUUACUACUCCCAGUCGCUGAGAAUAGCCGGCGGCGUUGUCGACGGCGCGUUCGAAAACGUGCUUGAGGCGGCUUCGUUGUGACAUGGCGAGGCCUCUCUCGAGCGAUAAACUAAAAAUCAUUUUCUAUCUCUAUCUGUGACGUUUUUCGUUUUUCAUUAAUCUCAUGUGCGCGAAGAGCACUGUAACGAAUUGACUGGUUUUGAUUCUGUACUUCUAAUUAUCAUUGUAUAAUGUGGGCGUUUUUGAUUUUCUUGAUUUCUCUCUUAUCCGAAUCUUAAAGGUUAUAUAUACGAAUUGAUCAACGGUGGUAUUUUGUGCUAUGUAUGAGUCUGCAUUUGUUUGAUUUCUGUUUUCUUUUCUCUUCUGUUUUUUUCUAUCUGGGUUUAAAGAAAGAAAAAUACCUCAUGAGUUUUUUUUUAUCGUCUAUUUUCGGAAUGUUUGAUAGCCAUUUAUUUCACUGGUCAAUGUCUGGUUUUUAUAUGUGUUGGCAAUAGAACAGGAAUUUCUCGGUUUCAUUAUUACAAU